ACCAACCAGACCCAAAUGACCGCCGGCUCCCGACGGAGGCCCCCGCCGCCCCGCCGCCGCGCCUCCCCCAUGGCGCCUUCCCCCCUCUCCGUAUCCUCCACCAACGCCUCCCCGCCGCCGCGCCGCCUCCGCCGCACGGCCGUCGCGGCCGCCGGCGCCGCGCUCGCGACGCUCCUCCUCCUCGCCGCGGCCGCCGCCGUCUGGCGCCCGGGCUACCUCCCCGCCGCGCUCCUCCGCCGGCCGCCGCCCGCCGCCGCCAGGUUCUACUCCUUCGAUCUGGUCCGCGAGUACCCGCACGACCCCAAGGCCUUCACCCAGGGCCUCCUGUACGGGGGGAACGACACUCUCUUCGAGUCCACCGGCCUCUAUCACCAGUCGUCGGUCCGAAAGGUUGAUCUUCAAACUGGGAAAGUUUUAGAACAGCACCAAAUGGAUGGAUGGAUGUUUGGAGAAGGCCUUACGCUUCUCGGUGACAGAUUGUUUCAAGUUACUUGGCAGAAGAAUGAUGGAUUCAUAUACGACCGGCAUAACUUUAGCAAACGUGAGAGUUUUACCCAUAAAAUGCGUGAUGGGUGGGGGCUGGCCACCGAUGGAAAAAUUCUAUUUGGCAGUGAUGGCACCUCAAGGUUGUAUCAGCUGGAUCCAGUAUCACUUGAAGUGACGAAGACAGUAACUGUGAAAUAUCAAGACAAUGAAGUUUCCUUUAUUAAUGAACUGGAGUAUAUAAAUGGUGAAGUGUGGGCAAAUGUCUGGCAGACAGAUUGCAUAGCUAGGGUUUCCCAUGAAGAUGGCCAAGUGGUGAGCUGGAUCUUUCUUCAUGAGCUGAGGCAACAAUUGUGGAAUUCUGGCAACACGGUCAUCGAUGUUCUAAACGGUAUAGCUUGGGACGAAGAAAAGAACAGACUGUUUGUGACUGGGAAAUUGUGGCCGAAGCUCUACGAGAUCAAGCUGCGCCCGGUUGAUGGGCCACCAGACGGGUCGGUGGAGAGGCUGUGCCCAAGGGCAAGCUUUUAUUGAUGACAAGUGUCUACGAGGAUGCCUGAGGCAAGAUAUAUAUAUAUAUAUAUAUAUAUAUAUAUAU